UUUGAAAUAGAUAAAGUUCAAGUUCAAAUUGAGUUUUAAAUAGUCCUUACCCAAACCCUACACGCACUCAGCGCAAAGCAACACACACACACACUCUCUCUCUCUAGGCUGGUUGAUCAGAUCAAGGGGAUUAGUGGACUCUGUAAUUGGGUGGAUGUUAAGAUCUGGGCUUCAGGAAAGGAUCGCUAAUUCCGAGUUUUGGUUGUAGCUCUGUCAUCAGUGGAUAAAGUAUUGGUGUAGAUCAAUUUCCUCUUAGAUUUCUUAGCUGAUUAUUUGCAUGGGAGGUUGUCUUGGAUGUUGUACGAAGCCACCGCUUGUAAUUUCCGUGGAUGAGCCAUCUAAGGGACUUGAGAUUCAAGGCCAGCGCGUGAAAAGGCAUAGUUUAACAGAGGACUUCUGGAGCCCCAGUUCGGGUGAUAUGGAUAAUAGUGGCUUUCCAUCUCAUAGAAGUGUCUCGUCAAUGAGCACUUUGAACCAAACACUUGACACUAAUGGUAGCACAGGCGGCACAAGCAACUCCUCCGAAUUUGUUAAUCAUGGGCUUCUUCUUUGGAACCAAACUAGGCAGCAGUGGGUGGGUAAUAAAGGACCCCAAAAGUCGGGACAAGAAGCACAAGAGGCGAAAUUGAGUUUCAAUACGACAUAUGAGGGUUUGCUUGGGAGCAACAAGCCGUUCCCCCAACCAAUCCCGUUGACGGAAAUGGUGGAUUUCCUAGUUGAUGUGUGGGAGCAAGAUGGGCUUUAUGAUUAAUCAAUGCGUUGCGCGAAGCCUUGUUAGUAGACAUGAACUCGCAACAUCCGGAGAUAUUCGAGAAGAUUAUUGCGAAAUUCCAUAAAGAUCUGGAUUUAUAAUUACGUAAUUUUCAAAUUUUUAGGAAUUUUAAUGAUAUAAAUGUUUUUUUGGCAUUUUAGUAUGUGCUUUUUAAAUUUUAA